AUGUCCAAGAAAAGAAAGACUCGAGGCCCCACACGAUCCUUUGAUGUUUGGAAAAUGCGUGAAGGUCAACGGAUUUCUAUUUCCGUCAACGAUCUAGGGCAGCCUGAUUGUGACAAUGCUAGUAAGCUGACAAAUUUCAUAGGGACAAUAGCACGUAAUGGGGUAUAUGCUCCCCUUACAUUUAAUGAUUGGAGGGCGGUGCCAAAUGCGAAGAAAGAUGAUAUGUGGGGGCUUGUCACGUCCAAGUUUGAGUUUGACGGUAAUGCUAAGGCUUGGGUGCUGAAGUCACUUGGUAAAAAAUGGAGGGAAUGGAAGGGUAAGUUGAAGAAACUCCACUACUCUUCUCAUGAGACUGAUGAGGAGCGGCUCGUAGAUCUUGAUGAGUGGGUCCAAGAGUGCGAUAGAAUUUCUUGUUUAAGGAGAGAUGGAUUGAACUAA